AUGCUUCCCAACAUGUUUUUGAAAAAUAGAAGUAUAUUAGUCAAUCCUAUUAGACAACAAAUUGCAAAAUUGGCCACUUCUGCUAGUCCAGAAUCAAUAGUUACAUCAACAGAACCAAACAAAAAACCAACACAUAUAAUUAAAGAUCAUUCACAAGAAACUCCAAAUUAUGUUUUAAGUUCAUUACGUGAAUUCCCAUCAUUAAAACCAAUAACAUUCCAACCUGUUCAUUCUUCAUUAUUAAACACUCCAUUACGUCGUGAUUUAUUAUGGAAAGCUGUUAUUUAUGAUGCUGAUAAUGCUCGUGUUGGUGCUUCAAAUCCUCCAUCAAGAAAUCAAAUGGGUUAUUCUAGAAGAAAAUUAGCUGCUCAAAAAGGUAGUGGUAAUGCUCGUGUUGGUUCAAGAGGUUCUCCGAUCAGAGAAGAUGGUGGUUAUGCCUUGGCUAGAAAUGCACCAAAUCAACAUGGUACUGAAGUUAAUUAUAAAGUUUAUCAAAGAGCUGUAAGAAUUGCCCUUAGUGAUGCUUAUAGAAAGGGGAAAUUAUUUUUAAUUAAUGAUUCAUUAGAAUUACCAACAAAUGAUGAUUUAACUAUAAAGAUGUUUUUAAAAAAAUUUCAAUUACAUGAUAAAAAAUUAUUAUUUAUUACAAAUGAAUUAAGAGAAAAUUUAUUAGAAGCAACAAAAACUUUUGAAAAAAAAAUUGAUGUUGCACAAAAAGAAGGUAUUAAAGUUAAAGAUUUAUUAAAAGCUGAACAAAUUUUUAUUGAAUUAAGUGCAUUAAAAGCUUUCCAAAAAACUUAUGGUGAAGAACUAUAA